AUGGCCCCAAGGAGUGUGCAUGCGCUUGGUCUGACCAAUUCCAAACCACACAGCUCCAAUUCUGCACGAAGGACAGGGAAGAAGGCUGUACAACAAGCACAAAUUACUGAAAAGGCCGCGCAAGCUGAGCGGCGGCGGCAGCAAGCCGAGAAGCGUGUCGAGCGAGUCUACCCAGCAGCGCUUUUGCAAUGCGCCGAAGGACGUCCUACGCUGGACUGCGAUAGUGCGUUCUACGAUAAUUUAUGGAACGAGACCAAGAAGGUCAUGGCACACGAGCCCAUCCAUGCAGAGCAUUUGAAUCGUAUUGAGCAGAUGUUGCGAGUGUUCGAUUUGAAUCCCAAGUACGGCCCAUGCUCGGGCCUCACACGCCUUGAGCGCUGGAAGCGUGCCGAAGAGCUUGGAGAGGAACCACCGAGCGAGUUAGCGGUCAUUUUGAAUACGCGCCAAGGCGUGCUGGACCUGCGAUACAGCAUUGUCGACCAAGUCGACGACUGUGACACGCCCCAGUCGCAAGCAUUCUCGUAA